CCACUUUGUUUUCCCUUGGAAUCAAACUAUAACGUUUUCUUUAUGGAGUUUCAAAAUGACAUAUUCUAAUUUGAUGAACGAAAGCAAUGAUGGAAUAUAUUUUGAAAAAGCUCUCAACGAAUCUUUCCUGGGCCGAAUCUUAUUCACAGACAACAGCACCAACUCCACCAGCUGCACCAACAUCACCCUGGACCCCCAGGUCAUUGCGGUCGGGGUCUUUCUAUCCGUGUUCAUCUUAGUGGCUAUCGUUGGGAACAUUUUGGUUAUCCUCUCGGUGCUAUGCAAUAGACACUUACAGACCGUCACCAACUUCUUUAUAGUCAACCUGGCCAUAGCGGACUUGCUAUUGAGCAUUAUUGUGCUGCCUUUCUCCGCGUCUUUGGAAGUGCUGGGAUGCUGGGUGUUCGGCCGGGUCUUCUGCAACAUCUGGGCAGCGGUGGAUGUUCUCUGCUGCACCGCGUCCAUCCUAAGCCUCUGCAUCAUCUCCAUAGACAGGUACAUCGGGGUCAAACACUGCCUCAAAUACCCCACCAUCAUGACGGAGAAGAAAGCCGCUGUCAUUCUGGUCUUGGUCUGGGUCUCCUCCAUGGUCAUCUCCAUAGGACCGCUGCUGGGAUGGAAGGAACCGCCGCCGACCGACGAGAGCGUCUGCAGCAUCACCGAAGAACCGGGCUAUGCCCUCUUCUCCUCGCUCUUUUCCUUCUACCUGCCGCUUAUGGUCAUCCUAGUGAUGUAUUUCAGGGUCUACGUGGUGGCCCGGAGGACUACCAAGAGUUUAGAAGCUGGGGUCAAACGGGAGAGAAAUAAGUCGAUAGAAGUGGUGCUGAGGAUUCACUGUCGGAGCAUGCUGGAGGAUACUUCCAAGAGUAAAAACCACCCGUUCCGGAGUUCGCUGUCCGUGCGCUUGAUGAAGUUCUCCCGGGAGAAGAAGGCUGCCAAAACCCUGGCGAUUGUCGUCGGGAUGUUCAUCCUGUGUUGGCUACCGUUUUUCUUUGUUUUACCACUGGGCUCCUUCUUCCCGGCACUGAAGCCAUCUGACAUGGUCUUUAAGGUCAUCUUCUGGCUGGGCUACUUCAACAGCUGCAUUAACCCUGUCAUCUACCCGUGCUCCAGCAAAGAGUUCCAGCGCGCCUUCACCCGCCUCCUCCGCUGCCAGUGCCACCGCCGCCGCCGAGUCCUGCGGCGUUUCUAUGACCAGCACUGGCGCACGGCCGUCAAGGGCCAUCACAACCAGGGCAUAGAUGGCAGGGAAAUGGGUACUAUGAGUAUUGGCAAUGCCAGUGUGACAGACAACCGGCCGGGGUACUCCAUCAACCAUGAGUCGUGCGGAAGCUCAAAUUACUACAAGGGUACUCUAGGACGUUCACUGAGUUUUAAAGGGUGGAGCCUGUUCCCGCCACUACAGAAGUCAUCGUUCCAGCUCAAGGAGAAGAUGAACAAUCUGUCCAAUAAGAUUAAGGGAGGCGUCACGACGCCCUCCCUUGCGAGGACAGAGAUUGACACGGUUUCCAUGGGGAUUUACAACGACGUCGCCGAGCAGAGCUGCUAUCAGAUCUAUGACCUCACAGAGUGCUACGGCCUGAAGGAGACAGACAUCUAGAUUCUAGAGGGACAGACAAAGGGAGUGGCGAAU